CUGCGACCCCGAAUUGAGCACCAUCAUGUCCGCCGCAGCCUGUAUUUUUUGCAAGAUCAUCAAGGGUGAAAUCCCCUCGAUGAAGAUCUUCGAAAGCGACAAGACAUUCGCCUUCCUCGACAUCGGCCCGCUGUCCAAAGGACAUUCCCUCAUCAUCCCCAAACACCACGGCGCAAAGCUCCACGACAUCCCCGACGACCAGCUCACGGAGCUCCUCACCGUGACCAAGAAAAUCGCCGUCGCGCAGAAUCUGUCCGACUACAAUAUCCUGCAGAACAAUGGUCGCAUUGCGCAUCAGGUGGUAGAUCAUGUGCAUUUCCAUUUGAUUCCCAAGCCGAAUGAGACGGAGGGGCUCGGGGUGGGGUGGCCGACUAAGGAGGCGGAUAAGGGCGAGCUGCAGAAGUUGUUGGAGGAGAUUAAGAGUAAGAUGUAGAUAUAGAAUGGAGGUGU